GAGGCCCCUCCUCGCGGAAACGGCGACAAGGCCACCUAGGCGCUACCCUCCGUCACGUGACGGGGAGUGGGCGGGCCCCCCGGCGGGGGAGGAGAUUGGGGCUCUCUGGGCUCGUCUCGUUCUUCUGAUCGUUUCACACGGGGCGCCUGGUGGGGCGGGAGAGGGAGGCCGGAACUUGCGCCGUCGCAGCAGGGACACCGAGGCGCCCCCCCCGGGCUGCAGGGAGGGGCCCGGGCGGCGCUAGUGCAGCUGGCCAUGUCCAUGGAGGACCCCUUCUUUGUGGUGAAAGGGGAGGUACAAAAAGCAGUGAACACUGCACAGGGGCUGUUCCAGAGAUGGACGGAGCUCCUGCAAGAUCCCUCCACAGCUACAAGAGAAGAAGUUGACUGGACCACCAAUGAGCUCAGGAAUAACCUGCGGAGCAUUGAGUGGGACCUGGAAGACUUGGAUGAAACUAUUAGCAUUGUUGAAGCAAAUCCUCGGAAAUUCAACCUUGAUGCAACAGAGCUGGGUGUAAGAAAAGCCUUCAUCACAAGUACACGGCAGGUGGUCAGGGAAAUGAAGGAUCAGAUGUCAAAUUCAUCUGUGCAGGCACUGUCUGAAAGAAAAAACAGGAAGGCACUGCUGGGAGAAAGUGGAGGUCAGAGUUGGAGCUCUGGAUCAGAUAAAUAUGGCGGUUUGGAUCGAGAGCUACAGUUAGCCAAUUCACACUUCAUUGAGGAGCAACAAGCUCAGCAGCAGUGCGAUCUGGAUUCUGUUCCAUCAUAUGCAUCAUCAGAAUUGCUACUAAGUUCCAGUCUCUUCCACCCAUUAAAGUUGAUUGUGGAGCAGCAGGAUGAGCAAUUGGAACUGGUCUCUGGCAGCAUUGGGGUGCUGAAGAACAUGUCCCAGCGCAUUGGUGGGGAGCUGGAGGAACAAGCAGUGAUGUUGGAUGAUUUCUCUCAUGAGUUAGACAACACUCAGUCACGUCUCGAUAAUGUUAUGAAGAAGCUUGCAAAAGUGUCCCACAUGACCAGUGAUCGACGGCAGUGGUGUGCAAUCAUCAUUCUCUUUGUUAUCUUACUUGUGGUGCUUAUCCUGUUUUUUGUGCUGUGAUGGAUUAACCUCCCUUGGACUUGUGCCCCCCGCCUCAAAAAAAAAAAUGGGGAAAUGAAACUUGGUUACUGUUUCCCUCCACUCUGAGAUUCCUGUCAUGAAAACUUACAUCUGGACCUUACUGUUCUUCUGUGGACUAACACCUAUGGCAUGACUCUUGCAACUUCUUCGUCUGAUUCUAAGCCUCAUCAACUUGCCUGAGGGGAAAAUGAAGGAUGGAUGUGAUCCCAAAUUCUUCUGUACCUGGGACAUACUGCUGUGUGGACAACAGGCCCUCUUCUCUCUCACCAUCCUAUGUGGAGUGGCCUAGAUUUAGACCUAGAAGGGAAAAGGCAAUUCAGAAGGAGUUUACCACUGUUAGUAUUUUCAUCCAUUACAAGUGUGAACCAUAUGAAGCCUGGAAACAUCCUAAGCUGUCACAUAUUCCCCUUUCCCUUGUCAAAUGCCACUCUUGUCAGAUUUAGACAUAGAAUAAUGGUUCCUUGGGACAGUAUUUCAUUGACUACUGGAAGCUGAUCAUCAGCCAAAAGUGCAGCACUUCCAAGCUAAUAAAAGUUGCUCACUAGGAAGGAAAGAAGGCACCAGAGGAGUAGCGUUGAUGUCAGUAAAUGCAUUAAUUUAUACCCUGGCUAUCUUCACUCCAGUGCAAAGCUAUAAAAGACAGAUGUGCGGAGAUAGUAUUUUCAAAAGCAGAAUGUGUAUGCACCCUUAAAAGUAAUCUAAGUGUUAGGAGCAGCAAGGCCUUGGAUCCUGUGGGAUUAAUAAAAUGGGAGAUAUGGCUCAUAACUGCUGACAUGAAAUCUAAUGUGAACUUGUCUGUAUCUAACAGGCUACUGGCACUGUGCUAGAUUGGUCUCAUAGCAGUAUUGAUUUGACCUUCCACAGUUAAGUAAGUAGCUUGGACAUGUUAGAAAGAAUCAUGGGCAAAACAAACUUGCAGGACAUCUCAGCAGAAUCUUACAUACUGUGUAUUUGUGAACUACAAAAAUACUGUGCUGCCCUGCCUGAUGCAGCUGCAGUUCACUGCAGCGCUUUAACUUGUUUCACUGCAAUGUAAGCUAAAAGUUGACAGACUCUAGGCUGAGGGUAAACAUUUUCUAAAACUUUAAACCUUGAUUAUACAAGCCUCAAGCCCACUGAGGGUGCUUUUUGCUGUUGUGUAACUGAAUGACUGCCUUUUUAACUGCUGUUACUGUUUGGCAAGUGAUUUGUCAAGUUUUAAAAUAACAUACAAUAUUUUGAUAAAUAAAUGUCAAAGAUAUUUAAUAUUAA